CCCGCAAAAACCGACGAGUCGGAACCGAAAAAAAGUUCAGAGCCGUGAACUUUUUUUCGAUUUCUGCGGGAUAUCGUUCCACGCGACAUUUUAUGGCGCACAGCGGCAUUCUUUUGUUUUGUUUACUUCUGCCUUUUUUGAAGUGACAGAAGGUUGAGUAGGUGUCAGUUUUCAUCCGAUUUGUGUAGAUUAUAGUCGUAUUUUCUGUGUUAAGUUGUUCUGGAUAUUCACCUACCUACGCAUCAGUAUGGAACGUGCAAUGAGAGAUGAAGAUGGAGAAAUGAGUGGAGAAAUGGACUUCAACGAAUCAAUAAUUGAAGCAGUCAGGAAGUACCCAGGUUUGUGGGACAAAAAGUCGAAGGACUAUGCAAAGAAAAAGACUGUAAAAGAUCUUGAUUGGCAAAGAGUGGCAGCUGAGUGCAGAUGUGAUGUGCAAGCUGCCAAAGAGAGGUGGAAGUCUUUGCGGGACUACUAUCUGGCCAGAAAAAGGAAGACUCUGCCCAGUGGAUCAGCAGCACCUGCAGGUGGCCAUCAGCACCUAGGACCCUAUGGGAAUAUGCUCAGAUUUCUGGACCCCAGCACCCAGCGUGGGCCGUCUGUCUUCUCUGUGCUCAAGAGUAUCGAAAGCUAUGAGUGCACCUGUGUCCAGUGAUCUGGCUGAGCGUCGGCGCCAGUACAGCUGCGGCGACCGUUAUGUGCCGCUCUCGGACAUACCGAGCUGGCUCGACUACAAUCGCCAGAGGACCAGCGCCGAGUCGUUGGUGACCAACAACCCGCUGGCCGAGCGGGUCUCGUUUUGGCGAGGCGACAUCACGGCGCUGGAGGUGGACGCCAUCGUGAACGCGGCCAACAAGUCGCUGCUGGGCGGCGGCGGUGUGGACGGCGCCAUCCACCGGGCGGCCGGGCCCGAGCUCAAGGCCGAGUGCGCCACCCUGGGCGGCUGCGAGACGGGCGACGCCAAGCUGACGGCCGGCUACCGGCUGCCGGCGCGUCACGUACUGCACACGGUGGGCCCGGUGGGCGAGCGGCCCGAGCUGCUGGCCUCCUGCUACCGGCGCUGCCUGGAGCUGGCGCGCCAGCACCGGCUGCGCUCCGUGGCGUUCCCGUGCGUGUCGACGGGCGUGUUCGGCUACCCGCAGGAGGCGGCCGCCACUGUGGCGCUGCAGACGGUGCGCGAGCAGCUGGAAAAGGACGCCCAGCUGCCCGAGCGGGUGGUGUUCUGUCUCUUCCUGGAGGAGGAUGUGGCCGCUUACCUGCGUCAGCUGCCCGUCUUCUUCCCUGUCAAGAAGUGAACGCUGUGUAACGACUAGGACGAGUCCCAGUGAUACCGACACCCGUUCACGAAUCUGCUCGUUGUUAGUCGUGCUGCUGCCUGUGAGAAGUAUCUUUGAUCGUUUUUACUUUUAAAACGGGCAGUGACUGUUACACUCUGACCAGUGUCCAAUGGACUUUGCGGAGCGUAUUUGAUACAAUAAUCAAAAUGGAACUCUGUAACCGAAUUCGUCAUGUUAUAUUUGGCUGUUACAUUUUUGCUGUGCCAAUUUUGCUGGGAUGACUGUUCAGGCAAUGGCUGUUUCUUCCGCGUGGUAUUUGUCAAGUCGUUUCACAGUUCGCCUCUAGAGUGAAUGAUGCGAACGAAGCUAUGUUGCAUCAGCUUUGAGCUAUGGCGGAUGGCGGCUGUAUCUUCCAACGGUCUGCUGUUGUUACUCUGCUAGUAACCAGAACUGUAACGUUCAGAGCUUAUUCGAGCCGGUGAGUGAGACCGGGCGUCAGUGGGAAAUACCCCGCAUCGGUGCAGUACCGAACCCCAUUUCGGAAGCAGUUGUUAUGGCGACGCUGUCACGAUGACGUGUCGUGUAACGAGACUAUUCAAUGUUUCGGUCGACAGAGUGCUGCUUCUGUCAUUGCUGUGUUUUACUGAUGCCGCUCGUUGCGUCAAUGAUGCGCUGUGUUUUGAGGCUAUCGCAUCCGGUGGGCUGGGACGGACUGUUUUGUAAAUAAACGUAUCAGUCUCAGACUCGCAACUAUA